AGCAGCCCACAAUAUUUCAAUCUCAAUUAAUUUACUUUUGGUGCACUCUUCCACCGCACCACCACCACAGUACGCCACAAGUGUCCCGGCUCAACUCAUGAACUCCACCGGUCAAUGGUCCACUGGACUCUGUGAUUGCACCUCUGAUUAUUCCAACUGUUGUUUGACGUGUUGGUGUCCAUGCAUAUCGUUUGGACAAAUUGCGGAGAUUGUCAACAAGGGUACCACUUCUUGCGGUGUACACGGGACCCUUUAUUCAAUACUUUGUCUAUUUACAGGAUGUCCAUAUAUAUAUUCUUGUAUGUAUCGUUCUAAAUUAAGGCAUCAAUACAUGUUGCCUGAUGAACCCUGCAACGAUUGCCUUGUCCAUUGUUGUUGUGAGUGUUGUGCUCUUUGCCAAGAGUAUCGUGAGCUGAAGCACCGUGGAUUUGAUCCAUCUCUUGGAUGGCAUGGAAAUUUGGCGAAUCAGAAUCAGGGAGUCGGGAUGCCGCCAGUUGGUCCCGGAGAAAUGAAACGGUAGUUCUUAAUACAUUUGAAACGUGAAGUGCUUACUCUAUUUAAAAAUAUCGUGAAUAUUUGUAAUUCAAUAUCGAUUAAUGUUUGUCAUAUACAAAUAAAUGAAUAAGAAGGCCCAUAACAUGUGGACCACAGGUCACAACUCACAACUUGUGCUUGAGUUCUUGAUUAAAGUUUGUGAGCCUUUUGUAAUAAUAUAAAUUAGGAUGUUACCCGUCGUUGUAAAAACAUAAAUUCCUUAUAUUUUGAUAUUGUAUUAAUAAAAGUUAGUACUUAAGUACA